AUCUGAGGACACAAAUCACACGGUCUGUGCACUGGACAUCAACCAUCAGCACAGAUGAAGUCCAAGAAAGGUCUGACGGGACUAGAGAAGAGUCUGAUCUUCCUGUUUGUGGCCCUGGCUGCAGUCUGUGUUGGACUAGUUGUGGUCUUUGUCCUUGAAAGGAACAACUCAAGUACAAAAGAUGAGCAGACGGAGGGGGGAUGCAAGGGUCUGCAGGAGCUCACCGCCUCCUCCGGGGAGUUUUCCAGUGGGAAUCACCCCAACAGCUACAACAAUGGCAUGAGCUGCGCCUGGCACAUCACAGUGGAAGCCAAUAAGGUGGUUCAUCUGUGGUUUGAGCAUUUCUCCAUCGAGGACUCCAGCAUGUGUCAGGCCGACUCCGUCUCUCUGAGGGAUGAACUCGGCACCAUCGGGAAGUACUGUGGCUAUUCCACGCCGAGAGCCAUCGUGUCUUUGGGAAACAGCCUCUUUGUGUACUUCGACACCAACGACAGACACACGGACACAGGAUUCAGAGCUGUGUAUCGCGCUGUGAGCCCUGGGCAGACGUCAGAAAUAGUCGGGGCCGGUGGUGUUCUUGAAGGUGACCGCGGGGAGCUGUUGACCCCUGGCUUUCCAGCACUAAACUACGAGAGCGACGCGCUCUACCAGUGGAUGAUUCGAGUACCUGAUGGGGAAAAGAUCCGGCUAACAUUCACAGCUUUUGACCUCGUCCCAGAAUCAUGUGGUGACUUUGUGGACAUCUAUGAUGGUGCUUCAGAUGGCGCAGCCCAACUGGGUCGUUUCUGUGGAAACAAGGUCCCGGCGCCGGUGUUGUCUAGUGGCAGCAGUAUGGUGGUUCGUUUCAAGUCUGAUUCCAGCGGGUCUGCUAAAGGAUUUAGUGCCACAUACACCCUAGCUAGUGCUCCACCAGUUACAACCACACCACCAACAACAACCGCUGGACCAACAAUCAACACACCGGCUCCAGAAGACUCGGGCUGCGGCUCCCCUGGGAAGCUGUUUGGACGCAAAGGUCAGAUAAACUCAGAGAAGUAUCCUCAGGCUUAUCCUGCAAAUUUGAGCUGCUCUUGGGACAUCACAGUGGAUGAAGGCUUUCUUGUCAAACUGCGCAUCACCGAUUUGGCCAUCGUGGGUGAAGCGGGUCAAUGCGGCAAAGAUAAACUCACCGUCUCUGAUAGUCUGCAGUCACUGGGCACACACUGUGGAUUUAUUCUUCCUCCGGUACUUAUCAGUGUCAGUAACAAGAUGUCUGUACGUUUCCAGUCAGACGCUCGGCUAGCAGACCGUGGCUUUUCUGCCACAUGGGAAGCGGUGUAUCCAGAGGACCUUUCUGAUAUCCAGGGAUGCGGCGGUUUCUCACAGCAGGAGACAGGCGUCAUCAAGUCUCAAAACUGGCCCACCAACUAUCCAGCUAACAGCAUGUGUCUGUGGACCAUCCGCACUCCCAAGGGGAAGACCAUUAAAUUGACGUUCACCGAUUUUGACAUGGAAGAGGCAGGCAUCCUUUUCGGCCAGUGCAAUGACAACGUGGUAGUCUACGAUGGAUCAAAACCUGGAGCGAAAAAAUACGGCCCAUUCUGUGGCACCAAAAUGCCUCCCGUCAUCGAAAGCACAACCAAUGAGCUUGUGUUACGUUUCUUUGCUGACUUUUUCCUCGAGGGCAAAGGUUUCCGUGCACACUGGACCACUGAUUCUACUUUACCUGUUCCCACUGAACCUCCAGUAUCACCAAACCCAUGGGAUGACAUCACGAUAGACUGGCCUGAAAGGUGCGGAAAGCCCACGUUUCCUCCUGCCGUCAACACUCGCAUAGUGAACGGAGAACCGGCCAAUCCUCACUCCUGGCCAUGGCAAGUGUCCAUGCAGGUUUUGCGUGACUCUGAGCCACCCAUGUUGGGUCAUACAUGUGGAGGGACUCUCAUUCAUAAGAACUGGGUUCUGACCGCUGCUCACUGCUUUAUCAGGUAUGCGGAUGAGCUGCAUCGCUGGAAGAUGUGUUUAGGGAAACACAAUCUGACUGUCUCUGAAUCAACUGAGCAGUGUUUUAAUGUGCUGGGUAUCUAUCGGCACGAGGGCUUCCAGUACCCGACGGUGCCCACGGUGGAGUUCGACAUCGCUCUGGUGCGUUUGGAUGGAGAGGUCACGGCCACCGAACACAUCGAUUUUGCCUGUCUGCCUUCCUUUGAGGAGCUCCUGCCCGGAGGCAAAAAAUGCUACGCCACCGGCUGGGGAGAUGAAACAGGUAACUCCACGGCUCCCAAAGUGGCUGAAACCCUGAAUCAGGUGGCCCUGCCAGUGGUGCCAUAUGAAACCUGUAAACGCAUGGACUACUGGUGGUUUCAGGUCAAGACCUCCAUGAUCUGCUGUGGCUACACUUCACCUGAUGAGCUCAAAUCUGUGUGUCAGGGUGAUUCGGGUGGACCCUUGGUAUGCCAAGACAGCCCCUCUGCCCCCUGGGAGGUUCACGGCAUCACUAGUUUUGGUCCGAUCGGCUGUGUCUUUGAUAAGAAGCCCAGCGUCUUCACUCGUUCCUCUGUUUACCUGCCCUGGAUAGAGAACGUCAUCCGCAAAGACAUCUACGACUUCACCACUUCUGGUUGUGGUGGACUUAAAGAUCUAUUUGGAACAGAGGGCACGGUGGCAUCAAUGCAUCACCCAGAUACCUACACUAACAGAGCUGCCUGCCAGUGGAACAUCCGCGUGCCCACCGGGAAAAACGUCUACCUUCACUUUAACAGCUUCUCCCUGGAGGAGACCGCACUGUGCCUCAAUGACAAAGUCACUCUCAGUGAUAGCAUCGGCUCCCUGGGCACCCACUGCAGCACAUCUCCUCCGAGAGAUCUGGUAGCGAUUGAUGACAGACUGACGAUCAGCUUCUCCUCGAAUGACAAAAUCGUGGACACAGGGUUCAGUGCUACAUGGAAAGCAGUGGAUCCUGUUGAUAUAGAGUCUGCUGUUGGCUGUGGUGGACACUUCACAAGUCAAAAGGGCGAGCUCCAAUCACCCAACUGGCCCAAUGACUACCCAAAACAAGCAGUGUGCACCUGGACUAUCUCUGUUCCCACAGCCUCCGGAAUCCAUAUAGUCUUCACUCACUUUGAUCUACAGCCUGUUGGUUUGUUGGGGCAGUGUGUGGAUUAUGUGGAGGUCCUUGAUGCAGCUGGAACAUCACAAGGCAAAUUUUGUGAAUCUGAGCCAUUAUCCUUAACUGUCAAAGGGGUAAAAGCCACCAUCCGCUUUCUCAGUAAUGAUGCCAACCAGAAAAAGGGUUUUCAAGGACACUGGACAACUGAUCCUGGUGUUUCUUCUAAAAAUCACUUCUAAAAUGGGGUUUCAAGGACACUGGACCACUGAUCUUGGUGUUUCUCCAAAAAAUAUCUUCUAAAAUGGUUUUCCAAAGACAGUGGACCACAAAUCCUGGCGUUUCUCCUAAAAAUAUCUUCUAAAAUGGGUUUUCAAGGACACUGGACCACAAAUCCUGGUGUUUCUCCUAAAAUAUCUUCUAAAAUGGCUUUUCAAGGACACUGGACCACAAAUCCUGCUGUUUCUCCUAAAACAUAACUUCUAAAAUGGAAUUCCAAGGACACUGGACCACCAAUCCUGGUGUUUCUCCUAAAACAUAACUUCAAAAAUGGGUUUUCGAGGACACUGGACCACCGAUGCUGGUGUUUCUAAAAAAAAAAAAAAUCACUUCUAAAAUGGAUUUCCAAAAACACUGGACCACACAUCCUGGUGUUACUCCUAAAAAAUAUCUUCUAAAAUGGGUUUCCAAAGACACUGGACCACACAUCCUGGUGUUUCUUCUAAAAUAUCUUCUAAAAUGGAAUUUCAAGGACACUGGAGCACACAUCCUGGUGUUCCUCCGAAAAAUAUCUUCUAAAAUGGGUUUCCAAAGACACUGGACCACAAAUCCUGGUGUUUCUUCUAAAAUAUCUUCUAAAAUGGGUUUUCAAGGACACUGGACCACAAAUCCUUGUGUUUCUCCUAAAAUAUCUUCUAAAAUGGAAUUCCAAUGACACUGGACCACCGAUCCUGGUGUUUCUCCUAAAACAUAACUUCAAAAAUGGGUUUUCGAGGACACUGGACCACCGAUCCUGGUGUUUCUAAAAAAAAAAUCACUUCUAAAAUGGAUUUCCAAAAACACUGGAGCACACAUCCUGGUGUUCCUCCGAAAAAUAUCUUCUAAAAUGGGUUUCCAAAGACACUGGACCACAAAUCCUGGUGUUUCUUCAAAAAUAUCUUCUAAAAUGGGUUUUCAAGGACACUGGACCACAAAUCCUUGUGUUUCUCCUAAAAAUAUCUUCUAAAAUGGAAUUCCAAGGACACUGGACCACCGAUCCUGGUGUUUCUCCUAAAACGUAACUUCAAAAAUGGGUUUUCAAGGACACUGGACCACCGAUCCUGGUGUUUCUAAAAAAAAAUAAAUCACUUCUAAAAUGGAUUUCCAAAAUCACUGGACCACACAUCCUGGUGUUCCUCCUAAAAAUAUCUUCUAAAAUGGGUUUCCAAGGACACUGGACCACACAUCCUGGUGUUUCUCAGAAAAAAUCAUUUCUAAAAUGGCUUUCCAAAGACACGAACCACAGGUCCCGGUGUUUUCUCCUAAAAUUUCUAAAAUGAGACCUGCAAUUGACUACAAAAAGAUUUAAUCUUUACAGACUGAACUGAGGAGAAACAAGAAACAUCUGGAAAACAUGAAAUUACAUUUUUUUCCCAUGAGCUGUUUUUAAUUAUUUGGUAUAAUCAUAGCACAGGCUGUUUAUUGUGUUGAAAACUUCUAAUUAAAAUGGUGUUAUUUGA